AGAGGUAUGUCAAGAAGCACUCGAGUCUGAAAAGCAACGAAACAAGUCGCCAAUUUUGGAUGAUGGAACGAUGAAUUGAGGAUGGGAUCUUCUAGUAGAUCUUGAAAGAAACAUGUUAAGCAACAUCAUGAACUACUUCGUAUUUCCGAAGUUUCUAACAAUAAAAAUCAUCAGAACAGCAAAUCAUGGAAACUUGAUUCCCUUGAUCUGUGCAAAUGUCUUUGUGGAAAGCACCAGAAAAUUAAUAAUCAUCGUGUACAGUCUCCUCCCUCUAUGCAGGCAUUCACCUCAAUACGAAAAAAAAAACAAAACCUUCUUCCGUUGUUUCCACAUUCAUCCAAAUCAUCAAUUGACUUCAGCUUCGAGAAAGCCCACCUAGCCUCCUCCCUCUGCCGGACGCCGUCAUGAUGGUACUCGGUCAUUAUUCUCGGCUAGUCCGCUAACCCAUAAAGGAAUUCAGCAAGGAUCUCUCAAUUUGCUUCUCACCUUAUUCUUGGUUCAUUUGCAAUGUCACAGUGUUGCUUAUUCAUUCGCCUCACAAGCACUCUAGGAAAGAUCAAAUGACUAUUCCUGUUGGGGGUAGUCCUUCGGCAUCAAUUGGCUUUUAUUCGUCGCUUGAUUCAGUUUCUUCAUUUUUCAAAAUGUUCACCUCGCCAUUCACUACUGUUCGCAUCAAGCUGCCGUCUUGGACAAUGGGCAAAAACACCGUCCACUUCACGUCACAUCACAUUAUGGGCUCGUCAAGCAGCACCGCCUGUCAAUGGGAGGAGCCAAAAUGUUUUGUCUAGACAAAUUGGCUUAAUGGAGAAGAUCAGAAACAUUUUGUGACCUACUAGCAAGCACUUCAAAAGGGAACUCUAAACUAUGUUUUCUUGAUGUCUCAAAGCAUCGAAAGAUUACGAUUCAUUGCAACUUUGCAAAAUCUAAAUUAUUUGGUCUUCUUGCGAUUCAGAUUAAUUUUAGAAAGCAGUUAUGGAACUACUUUCAUUAGCAAUCCUGAGCUCUUUCUUUGCUGUUGCUAAUCAAUGUGCCGCAACAAGUCCUGUUACAUCUCCAACCACCACUACCACUGAAGCAUCGGUAACAACUACGAUUGCGACUAGUACAAGCACAACAACAGUAACUACUACAACGACUGUAGUGACUGCAGCAUGUGCAACAUGCACAACUGCCCAGAUUGGAAUUAUCACUGGUAAUGAUGGAGAUAUGACACCAACUUCUGCCAUCACAACGGAUGCCAGUGGAUGUUCAGUAAUCACCUACACAUGUGAACGGACUCCGAAUGUUGAAACCGAUAUUGUGCUCAUUACUUUCUACAGUGAUAGCCAAACUCCAACAGAUGUUGGAACUGAAAACGGUGUUGGUACCGCAAAUGUUGUCAUGAAUUGUGUUAACGGAGAAUGGGUAAAAGAUGGAAUUGUGAUAAAUGAUGUGGAGUGUCAAAUCAUUACUUAAACUGGGACAAAAUUCAAAUCUCAAGAGAACAAAUGAACCAUUUCAAUCGGUAAUAUACUUUGUUUGUGAUAGUUUUCAUAAUUUCGUAUUUAUCCCAGCAACACUACCAACGACAUUUACUGUAGUAGGGGUCCAAUGCUAACUUAAUAAAAAUAAUAAAAACUUUAAAUGUUUAAUAAAUU